CAGCCGGGUCACUUCUCGCUCCCGUCUAGCGGUUUGAGUUUAGGACCCUGGGUUGGUGGGGUCAAAAGGAGAGGGCUCCCUCCUCCCGGACUGCUGGGCCUGCGGGGGGUGCAGGGCGCCUUGUGUGUAGCCCCCAGAACAGAUUUCUGACCGAUAACGUGGUUGUGAUCAUUGUGAUGGAGCAAGAGAAAAACUUGUUGGUCUCAGAUUCUAAAUGCUUCACCAAAAGGAAGAGUUUGAAAAGCUCUUUUACAGGACAUGAAAGUAAGAAUAAUUUAGAAACUGUUCAACAACAUAACCGUAAGGCAGAUAAACUUAAAGAGAGAGCCUCAAAAUGGUCUAAAAAAGAUGGCCUACAAAAUUGUAAGCAUGAGGAUACAAAAGAAAUACCACUGACAGGGUCCCAAGGAGAUGAAACUUGGCGUGAUGGUUUCUAUGAGAAUAAUGGCAAGUCAGAGAAUCAGGAAAAUUCUACAGGAAAAGAGGAAGAAAAACCCAAUGAUGGGGGUUGGGACCCAGGAGAACAUGCUGGUGCCCCUGUCCAGCAGAAUUCAUCCUUCAGAGACAAACCCUACAAAUGUUCUGAAUGUUGGAAAAGCUUCAAUAACAGUUCUCAUUUGCAUGCUCACCAACGGACCCACUCAGGAGAAAAACCUUAUAAAUGUUCUGAGUGUGGGAAAUGCUUCAGUAACAGCUCUCACCUGAUUCAACAUCUGAGAACACACACAGGAGAGAAGCCCUACCAGUGUGGGGAAUGUGGGAAAAGCUUCAGCAAUACCUCCCAUCUUAUUAUCCAUGAGAGGACACACACAGGAGAGAAACCCUAUAAAUGUCCUGAGUGUGGGAAGAGUUUCAGCAGCAGCUCCCAUCUGAUUCAGCAUCACAGAUUACACACUGGUGAAAAACCAUAUGAAUGUCCUGUUUGUGGGAAAUGCUUCAGCCACAGUUACGUCCUAAUAGAACAUCAGAGGACUCACAGUGGAGAAAAACCUUACAAAUGCCCUGACUGUGGAAAGGGUUUUAGUCAGAGUUCCAGCCUGACUCGCCACCAGCGGACACACACAGGUGAGAAGCCCUACAGAUGUACUGAGUGUGGAAAAAGCUUUGGUUGUAAUUCUACUCUAAUAAAGCAUCAGAGAAUACACACAGGAGAAAAACCCUACCGGUGUACAGAAUGUGGGAACAAUUUCAGUCGAAGUUCAAACCUCAUAGCACACCAGAAAACACACACAGGAGAAAAACCCUAUGAAAGUUCAGAUUGUGAAGAAAGUUUGAGUCAGAACUGCAGUGUGAUAGAAGAAUGUAGGACCCAGCCAGGAGAGAAACCAUAUAAAUGUUGUGAAUGUGGAAAGAGUUUUGGCCUCAGCUCCCAUCUCAUUAGACAUCAGAGGACACAUACAGGAGAAAAACCUUACAGAUGUUCUGAGUGCUGGAAAACUUUUAGUCAGAGUUCCACCCUGGUGAUUCACCAAAGGACACACACAGGAGAGAAACCUUAUAAAUGUCCUGAUUGCAGUGAGUGCUUUAGUCAAAGUUUUAACCUUAUCAGGCACCGGAGGACCCACAUAGGAGAAAAACCUUACAAAUGUACUGACUGUGAGAAAUGCUUUAGCAGAAGUGCCUAUCUCAGUCAGCAUCGGAAAAUUCACAUACAAAAGUCUUUUGGGUCUCCUGAGGUUGAAGAUUUUCCUCCUGAAUGGACUUGGAAAGACUGUUCAGGGGAACUGGCCCUCAUCUCAUCAUUUUCAGUCCCAAAUUCAUCUUCCUCUUAAGUCCCAAAGUCCACUUUUCUUUUUGGGACAUUAUUAUGAAGGUGUUCUCUGAUCACUGCCCUACAAAGUGAACCCCGUCGGCCAGGCGGGAACCUGAGGAGGGGCGGUGAAGGAUUAAAGCAGACAAGAGAAUACACUUGGGACCAGGUGGAUCACUGCCUGGAUGAGGAAACAGUGACACAGCCUGUAAGCUGAAGCUUUAUUUUAUAGUCAGAUCACACAAAGCAAAACAAAGGGAGUGGUCAACAUGUUUACAAUAAUCUAUUUUGUUACUCAAGCCUUGUUUUGGCAGCAAUUGAUACACCUCCCACAGCCCAUUAACUAGACCUAGGAACAAGGGAGGACUAUAAGGUCAAGCUUAAUUGUGCUAGGAGGGCUCUGCCCUCCAACCUGGGACUUGUAUGAGGCUCUGCCACAGGUCAGUCUGAGGCUUGGCCCUAUAGCCGCUCCCUACACAGUUUCUUUGGUUUGUUUGCCAAAACAUCUAGAAAAGGUGAACCUCUUGGGAGGAUGGGAAGAUCUAGAUCACUAACUGGGUCAUUGAAUCUGCCCAGUGAGAGAUACUGCCAUGGAUGGAGAAAAAGAAGAAAUUUGUUUUGAUCUAAGGUAAAAUAGGAAGAGCUUCAAAAGAAAACUUAAAGUGUGCCCUGGCCAGUUUGGCUCAGUGGAUAGAGCGUUGGUCUGCAGACUGAAGGGUCCCAGGUUCAAAUCUGGCCAAGGGUACAUGCCCGGGUUGCAGGCUUGAUCCCCAGUAGGGGGUGUGCAGGAGGCAGCUGAUCAAUGACUCUCUCAUCAUUGAUAUUUCUCUCUCUCUCUCUCCCUUCCUCUCUGAAAUCAAUUAAAAAUAUAUUUAAAAAAAGAAAGAAAAAAAAACCUAAAGUGUAACCCAGAGAGUAAACAAAAUGACACCCAAGAGCCUGCAGCUGAGAUACCCGUUGAAUUGCCUUAUUUUCUCUUUCCUGAUUGGGUGGCAAUAAAUCAUUACUGGUCUCAGGGAUUUAUCCAGAGAAAGAUUUUUUUGAACAAAUAAUCUGAUUUCCUGGCUGUUCUUUGGGUCUUAAGGAAGAAAAGAUUCAUUUUUAAAAAAUGCAUUUUCAAUUGCUGAACAUUAACUUUUGUAGUAUUGGAACUGCACUAAUAGAAUAGCCACUAGCCACCUGUGUCUAUUUAAAUUUAUAUAAUUAAGAUGAAAUUUAAAAUCCUGUUCCUUAGUCACACUGGCCAGUUGGAUCAUCUUGAACAGGGGUCCUCAAACUACGGCCCGCGGGCCACAUGCAAAUACAAAUAUUGUAUUUGUUCCCGUUUUGUUUUUUUACUUCAAAAUAAGAUAUGUGCAGUGUGCAUAGGAAUUUGUUCAUAGUUUUUUUUUAAACUAUAGUCCGGCCCUCCAACGGUCUGAGGGACAGUGAACUGGCCCCCUGUUUAAAAAGUUUGAGGACCCCUGAUCUUGAAGGCAGCCUCAGACACCUGGGUGUCCUUUGGAUCCACUAAAAUUGCACAAUCUUUUGUUAUUGUUUAUCCUGUGAACAUGAAGUUCACGACUAAGAGUGAGUAGGCUGAUAAUGUAGCACAUCAGUAUCGUAAUAUGGCAAGCAUUUGGGUAACUGCUGCCUUUUCUGUUGGAAAUUACCCUUCCUGUUACUCCCCUAUCUCUUUCAUUUCGUGUUUGUUUUCUACCUCUCUUUGACCCUAACCUCCUCUGCCUUGUUCAACUGUAUUCUAACCCAAAAUUAGUGUGUGUUUUUUCUAUCAUUUGUUUUGUUUCCCUUCCUUCCCUCUCCCACCUUCCCCUCCCAAUGAACUAGGAAUCAAGUCAAGGCUAAGGAUAGUCCAAAUGCUUGGUUAUAAAAGAUACAGGAUGCUUGGCAAUCAUUAACAUCAUGGGCAUGUGGCCACUUACAAGCAGAGGUAGCUUGUGGGUGCUAAGAUAGAUUGCUGGUCUAACAUUGCUUGACUGGUAAAAGCAACAAAUAUCCUAGGAUUUGACACAGUGUGGGAUGAAGUAGAUGCUUUAGUUGAAAAAGGGUCAGGAUUAAUUUUGAGCCAUGGAUAAAUGGUCAGAUUUAAAAAAGUAUUAGUUGAUUAGACUGACAAAUACAGGUGGAAGAUUUUCUCUUAAAAUAGCUUACUUUCUGAUCAUUAAAGUCAGAGUUGCUAAAAUAUACAAAAAAGUAUAAGACAUAUAAAAGUAUGAACAACAAAAUAAAAAUCACCUGAAAUCAUUUUCCUCUGAGAUCACUUACCACGAAAGUUCUGGGAUCUUUACCAAUAACCACUUUUCUAAUAUAUUAUUGUGCGUUACACCCACACACACACAAAUUGUCAUAUAUUAUUGUCUUUUUUUCCUAAUUUCACAUCAUUUGUCAAUUUACUUGUUUUAAAUUAUUAUGCGGUUUUUCGUGGUUUCAUAAUAUUGCAUUGAAUGAUGUACCAUAGCCAUUUGUUUGAUGUUGGAUGUUUAUAUUGUGUCUAGUUGUUUGCUAUUAAAAAUAACACUACGGUAAACAGGGUUUAUUUGUCUUUU